UACCUAUUUUUAUCGGUUAGAACGAAUAUCUACAGUUUUAAGCUGUUGCCUUUUCGGUCCAAGGCAACAUAACAACGGCGCAAUGGCUUCACAGGGACUCACAACGGGAUUCCUAUCGGAAAUCAUGAAGGGAAACGAAUUGGAGAAUCCGGUGGUACAAGUGAUCGGUUCCAAACGCAUCGCUAGCACUGGCGAGCAGUCGGAGCGCUUUCGAUUGCUAAUAUCGGACGGAAAGUCCCUGUACAGCUUCGCUAUGCUCGCGACCCAGCUGAACGAUAUACACAAACAGGGCAAGCUGUCGGAGUACACCAUCAUACGGAUCGACCGAUACACCACCUCGGUUAUCAAUCGGAACGAGAAGGGCGAGAAGCGGGUGCUAAUUAUCGUUGAGCUGACCGUACUGAAAGACGGCAGCGAGGUCGGCGAAAAGAUUGGCAAUCCGCAACCGAUGACGGACACACCGUCGCAGUCGAGCUCUAGCGCAGAAAAGCCAUCGUACGGAAGUGCAACCAGCAACGGUUCCGUUCGCACACCAGCUCCGAGCGCCGCUUCGGCCAACGUAUCGAUCGCCGAGUCGCUCACGCACUGCAUUUCGUCGCUCAGCCCGUACCAGAACAAGUGGACCAUUAAGGCCCGGGUAAUCUCCAAGUCGGGCAUCCGCACCUGGAGCAAUGCGAAGGGCGAAGGAAAAUUGUUCAGCAUGGACAUCAUGGACGAGUCGGGAGAGAUCCGCGUGACGGCGUUUAAGGAGCAGUGCGAUCGCUUCUACGAUAUGAUCGAGCCGGACAAGGUGUACUUCAUCUCGAAGUGCCAACUGAAGCCAGCCAACAAGCAGUUUACAAACCUGAAGAAUGACUACGAGAUGUCGAUGACCGGAGAAACGGUCGUGCAGCUGUGCACGGAAAGCGACGGGUCAUUGCCUGCGAUUCAGUACAACCUUGUGCCGAUCUCGCAGAUUGCCAACAUGGAACCGAACGCCAUGGUCGACGUGAUCGGCGUGUGCAAGGAGGCAGGCGAUGUGGUUCAGUUUACUGCGAAGGCUUCGGGCCGUGAGUUGCGCAAACGGGAGGUGACACUGGUCGACUCGAGCAAUGCUUCGGUACAGCUUACGCUGUGGGGCGACGAUGCACAAAACUUUGCAGCUACCGACAAUCCGGUGGUUUUGCUGCGUUCCGUACGCAUAUCCGAGUUUGGUGGUGGUAAGUCACUCGGUUUGGUCGGGGGCAGCGUGAUGAAGCUCAAUCCGGACAUGGAGGAAGCGUUUAAAGUGCGAGGCUGGUUCGAAAAUGAAGGACGCCAAGCUUCGGUGUCCAGUAUCUCGGCCAGGACGGGAGCGGGAACCGGAUUCAACACCGAGUGGCUGUCGUUGCAAGAGGCUACCGAUCGCAGUUUGGGCGCCGGAGACAAGCCUGAUUAUUUUCAGGUGAAGGCGAUGAUCCAUACGAUCAAGUCGCAGAAUGCCGUGUACAAGGCGUGCCCGGAGGCGGACUGCAACAAAAAGGUGAUCGAUCAGGAGAAUGGGCAGUACCGGUGCGAGAAGUGUAACGUCGAGUUUCCGAACUUCAAAUACCGUCUGCUCGUGAACAUGUUGAUCGGAGACUGGACGUCGAACCGUUACGUGACGGUGUUCACCGAGUUAGCGGAAGAGAUGUUUGGUAAAUCAUCGCAAGAGAUUGGCACCCUGGUCGAGCACCACACUGCAGACGCGGAACGACUCUUUACCUCGUUCUGUUUCAAGUCAUUUGUGUUCAAGCUCCGCACCAAGGUGGAAUUCUUCAACGAACAAGCCCGCAACAAGACAACGGCCGUUAGCGCAACACCGGUUAACCACAAAGAGUACAAUGCACUCCUUGUCAAGAGCAUCCAGGAGAUGACUGGCGUGGGAAAAAAUUAAUACCUCUCGUUCCGUUCCAAGGGAGGUCCAUCGAUCAUUUUGUCUGAUUUCUCGUUGAAUUCCACUUUCUUCUUCAUUCUAACGUAAAAAAAAACGUAAAAGGAUACGAAUAAAGCACCACCCGGUGGUCAU